CUACCCAGUCACACCUCGACGUUAUCUAGUCGACAGCAGAUAAACUCGGGUAACCUACCUGGAAGUUGAAACGUCCAUUGCUUGUCAAGCGAUUCUUCAUACGGGAGGGAAGAAACAUUACGGGAACUCCCUGCCCUUCUAGGCACGCCCCACGAAGCCCUACCUUCCUCAUAAUCUCGGAACACGUGACUUUUGCUCCCGCUGAUUUCAUGUUUACCUCAACCUUAAACGUUCCCACCAUGGCACUGGCUGAGGUUAGUGCUACUGUAACCAAGGCAUCAGGGAAGACGCUGGCCAGGUUCCGUAACCGCUUUCACUCCAUCUCCGAGUUCCGCACGGACGAAAUGUACAAAACGAGGCCCUUCUCUGCAUUCGGAGUGUUUUCCUCCUCUCCCGAUGACCUCACCCAGCAAGAACUGGACAGCUUUGUAGAUUCAACUAAGAAGGAGCCAACUAAAAUAACGAAAGCCCAGAUUAAGGAGUACGGCAAGAAAUACAGUGAUUACCAAAAGAAUGACAAGAAGAAGGAGCCUGCACCAUGGUAUAGGGAGCUGAUGGAACACUCUCAGCCUGCCCACCUGGUGACAAUCGUGGCCGUGGUCUAUCUCGCCUUCAGACUAUUCCCAGACUCCAGGAGACACGCCACCGAGGCCUCCACCCUCACCCGUCUCCUCUACAUCGCCGCCGUCAGUACAGUCUUCGGGAGCCAAGUCUGGAUGACCUUCGUGUCAGGUCUGGCUUUGUUCCUCAGCGUGCCUAGGCACGUGUUCGCACAAGUACAACAAGUGUUGUUCCCGCUGUACUUCCUGAGCAACGCAGUGUUGAUGCUGGUGGCCGUGGUGACCUACACGAGGCACCACCCGACACACCUGUGGGACAACCACCAGAUGAUGCAGGGAGCCAUCUUGGUGACCUGCUUCCUGGUGAACUUGGGAAUCAGGCUGUACCUGGCACCUGUCCUCACCAAACUCAUCACCGUCAAAAUGGCCAUCGAGCGAGAGGCGAAUAUCGGGCAGGAGGUGGGAAGCAGCAGCCCGGGUCUCCUCGCCAACUGCCCUCACUACAUGCGUCUGUACCGCGCCUUCCGCCGGACCCACAUGAUCAUUGCCGUUGGAAACAUGGUAUCGAUGGCUGCCACCUCGCUCCACCUGUACUACCUGGCCACCAAGCUUUGUUCUGUGGAGCUGUAAGGGACUUCCUCAUCGAUGGCAGCUUAGCGUGGGGCAUUAUGGCCACCACAAUGCUUCUCAACGCUCAUACGAGUUUCCUCCUGUUGUGCUAAGGCGCUUUAUGGUGCUUUGGGACCUUGGCUGCACGGCCUGUAGGUGAUCGUAUCUCGUUGGCCACUCAGGAUGUUGGCGGCGGGGAGAGGGCGUGACAACAAUGGCUGGACCAUCAUCCUUACUUCGCCUACUGCCGCAGCUCUGAGGCAACAGAACACAUGCAGGAGUGUGACAGCAUGGCGCCGAAGACCUUUUUUUUUUUCCAGUUUGGUAGUUCAGGCAGCUGGCCGUCUGACGCCAUUCCUCAAGUACAUUGUUAACAUGCAUUUAGUUCAAUAAGUGCGUGAUAUACUCAAGACUGAUACACUACUUGUACUAAAACUAUUCAUACACUCUUGAUAAUCAAACUAGAAAGAAAACACUAAUCGUUACACUGGUUAUUGAAUUUAGACUUCCGCACAUUUCCAAGUGGCAUCAGGAGGAUGGAAACCAAAUGUUUCUUCUUGUGAUUACAAGUGUUGCUUUGCACUGCAGCACAUUCCACGAUAGUGCAGCGAUUCUCAAUGGUAGCAUUUAUUGUAUGAAUUGUGUGUGUGUGUGUGUGUGUGUGUGUGUGUGUGUGUGUGUGUGUGUGUGUGUGUGUGUGUGUGUGUGUGUGUGUGUGUGUGUGUGUGUGUGUGUGUGUGUGUGUGUGUGUGUGUGUGUGUGUGUGUGCGUGUGUGUUUCAAUCACAAGCUUCCACUAAUAUCAGAACCCUGUUUAGUCAUCCUUCUUUACCUAUUAAGUGUUAAGAAAGGAGAAUCACUGAUCAGUCAAUCGUUCAUCAAUGUUAGCUAUCCUAGUCUCCACUCCUCAUAAAAAAAAUAAAUAAAUAAAUAAAAAGACGAUAAUAGAAUUCCACGAGUGGCCACAAACAGAUAAAUAUGUCCCUGUAUGGCGUUGGUGAUACGCGUGUAAAACUUCAUGAACUUCGAAGCUUGUGUGAAAUCUGCGCUAUUACGGAGAAAGAAGCAAUAAACUCACAAACUAAAACUUCUAGAAAUUUAAAAUAAACAAUAUUUGUAUGGGCUUUUUUUUUUUAAAGCUUCGACACAGAGUUUUGGUCACGUCUCGGAUUUUUCUUCUUUUUCUGUGGAGCGUGGCGAAGUGUGUGUGUGUGUGUGUGUGUGUGUGUGUGUGUGUGUGUGUGUGUGUGUGUGUGUCAGAACCACAUAUCCGUACUAGUCGUCAUGUAUUUAUUUCUUGCCAUUUUUUUUAUGUUAUUAAUAAAAGUGUCACAAGUGUGAAUAAAAAUUGUAAUUGUAA